GCGAUGGUGAUUGUGCCGUGUGCGACCGUCGAAUUAAAACUUGUAGGCUAGGUUAAGUUUUCUUGUUUGUUUUCACUGUUUUUUUUUCAAUCAAAGUUAGUGAAGGCCCUAAGCCCCCUAGCUCCUAUUCCGAAUAUUCAUUCUGAAUCUGAAGAAUGAGGAUAGGACUAAUAGAAAAUCAAAUCUAAUAAAUGUAUUUUAGAUCUAGGGGUUGUUUUGGAUUAAAAAAGUCGAGGAAAUUGAUUUCGAAUAGAUUUAUUCCCAAUUUUUAGUCCAUUUUGGCAUUUCAUCACAUCUUUUCCUUAAGGCCUUUUGAUAUUCGAAUACCGAAGAGUUUCCAACACACCAAGUAGAAGAACACCUACUGUAACAAGUAGGAGACAUAACAAGUAGAGUGACAAGUAGAAAAUAGGCCUAAGUUAAGUUACUCUUGGAGGCCCGUCAAAAUGUUGAGUCUGAUAAGCAAACAUACAGUAAAAGUGCUGUCAGCAUCAAAGUUGAAGAUUAAUUAUAAUCGUAUUUUGUCCAAUGAGAGAGAUUUUGACAUUUGUUUCAAAACUAUAAUGGACUCAAGUAGCAGCAGAGAUACAACCCAAAUUUCACAAGGAACUGAUGAUUUUAGAGUAUUAGAUCUCAAAAAAGUGACUGUGAGACAAAAGCGGCAAUCACGACAACAGAGAACCAAGUUUGAGGUACCUCCACCAAGAACAACCUUGAUGAAGGAAGACCAGGAUUGGACAUCAGUUUGGCCUGGACCUCGUACGUUUCACCCUGCUGUGGUGCCACUUCCCAUCCGCCAAGGCCACGGCAAGAAGAAGGCAGCACCUGGCAAAUUUGGUAACGCGGAACUCAUGAAAAUACCCAACUUUCUUCAUCUCACACCGCCUGCUAUCGAGAAGCAUUGCGAAGCUCUUAAGAAAUUCUGUACGCCAUGGCCAGUGGGGCUUGAAACAGAUGAGAAGUGCGAAGAUCAUUUCCCUGUAGAGGUUAUAUCAUCAGAUUACUGCCAUUCCUCUCCCACCAUCAGAGACCCCCUCGCCAGGAUUGUGACAAUCAAGCUGAAACUGAACAGGCUUCCGCUUGAUAAGCAUGCCAAAGAUAAGAUUCUUCGAUUGCUACAAGAUCACUAUGAUGAGAAGACGGAUGUUGUCACAAUCACCGCCGACAGAUGCCCGUUGCGGCAACAAAACUAUGACUACGCCAUGUACCUUCUAACUGCUCUAUUCCACGAAUCCUGGAGGGUCGAAAGCUGGGAGAAGGAUAAAACUCUGGAGGACAUGGAGUGUUACGAGUGGGAGGCAAACCAGUCUUACAAGAACGUGAAUAAUCUUCUGAGCCGAACACAUCCCGAUGUUGACCUCAAGAACCCUCCUGAGGAGCUCGCCGCCACAUUAAAGGAUUAUAAAAAUGCCAUUGAGGAUAUAUUCAACAACAGCCGAGAGGAAAGUGAAGAAAAGCUAAACCAAUAUAAAUCUGCAUCUGAAAAGUUAUUGUUCUGAAGUUUUUAAAUAAUAUAGAAAUAAAAUGUACAUAGAAUACUUU